AUGCCAGAACCUGUAGCAGACAACUUGCCUGUCCCUGCAAAUAAUCCUCAAUAUCUGCACAAGUCCAAUUAUGUGGCCAGCAACGUUGAGAUUGAGACUAGUCCAUCGAUACUACAGCCUCUGCCUCGGCAAAGCGACUGCAGCGUUGACUAUAUAAGUGAACCAGGUCCUUCGGAUAUUCAAUUAGCUGAUAAUAAUAGAGAGGAUAAAAGUACAGCAAUUUUCUCACCCGAACUAAUAAGACCACUGCCUAAAGCACCUCCCCGAUUGAUUGGAUACAAUAAAAGACGUAAAAGAAAGACAACUGUUCUCACGGAUACUCCAGAAAAAAAUGCUUUGGCUGAAAAACAAGCUAACAAAAAGAAACGAAAAACCCUGCUAAGAGAAGAGUUUUUGCAAGAUGACAGUUCCGAUGAUGAAGAUGACGAAGAAGAAUUGUAUUGCAUAAUAUGUUGUGAUGCCUACUCUAACUCCACCCCUGGAGAAAAAUGGAUAGAAUGUGGAGAAUGUAAGAAUUGGGCCCAUUUGCAAUGUAUUGAAGAUGAAGAAAGCGUAGCCUUUAUAUGUCCUUAUUGUUAUUCUGAUCAGUCAGAUCAGUUGUGA